CCGGUAAAACGGCCGCCUCCUGCAGGGAGAAGCGCAGUUCUCCCGGGAGAAGAAAGAGCGUAGGGUCCGGACGAGGAAAGCACCGAAGCUCCCAUCAGCCAGAAUCCGACAUGGAGAGAAGCGGAGAUGAAAGGUCAGAAUGAUCCCGGUUGCGCUAUAUGUGGUAUUACUGAAUACACAUAUAUGCACACACACACACAUAUAUAUACUGCAAUAUAUAUAAUAUGUGGAUUAUGGAGUAAAACCGGGGAGAUCGCGCCUGCACGUGGCUCUCCUUGGAUCGGUUGCUUUGCAAAGGGUCAGGCGAGGUGGGGCGCGAUGCUCCAUCUUUUCAGCACCCUGCCCCCCUCUGAAGCCAGAAAUUUAAUACUAUGCCGCGUUUUCUACCUCGCAUCUUUAUGUGUAGGGCUUUUCAUUUUUUCUCUCUCUCACCCCCCCUCCCCAGGGUCCUAAUCUCUUAGCGACGGCCCCGAAAGGUAGGGCGGUUUUAGUGUUAUCCCAUCCCCGUCCCAUAUUGUCGAAAUAAGCUGAGGGGCUCGUUCAAGACGGGUAACAACGAAGCAGGGGAGUCCCUGAUCUGCCAGCCUCGUGUCUCCUAGCGGUCAACUGGAGGUUGCGUUGCAUCCCCCUUUCUCCCUCCACUCCUCCCAAUCCACUUUUGGGGGUCUUUCCAGAUUUUUCCUUCCUUCCUCUCCUGGCAUUCAGGGCUGUGGAUUCUAGUGAUGCCCCCACUGUCUGUGGUGGUGGGUGCUGGGGUGCCAACUUGAAUAAAAUUUUGGCGUGGGGGUGGCAAGCAAGCCCCACCACAUAUAAUCGAUAACAAGACACAGCACACACACACACACACACACACACACACACACACCAUUUCAAUGGCAGCAAUGCCCAUCAACUUGGGGGGUGGGUGGACCCCUCAAAUAUUUUAUGGGGGGGGCAAAGGGACAUCAGUCCCUAGGAGUGGGCAGGGUGGGGUGGGGGUCUUGUAGGGAAGACUGAAGCUCGGACUAUGGUUAUGGUAUUUGGGACACCUAGAUCCCAAAGAUGUUUGGGCCUGAAGCUCUUGGGACAGAGGAGCUGAAGGGGUCUUUUGUGUAUACAUGAGGGAGAGCCUGGAGGGGUGGGGUCCAGUUGGGGGUCUGGAAUACGGGAUUGUACUGAGCAAUGGGAUGAAGUGGGAGCUGAUAGUUUACAUAGUGUUUUAAUAGGAAUGCUUAGGGAGAUUUGCGCAGUUUUCCCUCACUCCAAAAAAAGUACUUCAUCUCUCUCACACACAUACUCACACUCUUGCCUUCCUGUCUUUGUCCCACCCAGCCUACAAGUUUCUCAGGUAGGUCUCCUCUUCCCACUUCUAUUUUCACAACAACCCUGAUAGGCUGAGAGAUAGUGACUGAGCUCAAGGUAACCCUUCCCACCUGUGAGCUUUGUGACUGAGUGGGGGGAUUUGAACCUGGCCAUCCCUGGUCCGCGUCCAAUGCUCGAACCCUUAACAACAACCCUUUAAAGUAGGCUAAAAUGAUUUCCCUCCAGAUUUCUGGGGGGUGAGGGAAAGAAGGGCUGAGAUAGCGCUCAGUUUACUUAAUUCCACUGAUUUCAAGGCUCAGGAUUGAUUGAAUGGCAUCUUCGUACUUUACACUAUUAAUAACUAGAGGGAAGGGUGAGCAGGUCAUGAUCAAGAACACUAGUGCCUUUCUGAAGAGGAAAGGAAGUGGCUUUUUUACAGACACUGCAUCUGGAAAGUGAGGUGUGGGUUUAUAAAACGUCAGAUCUAACUUGGGAAAGACCUGGACAUAACACCACUUGAAGAUGAAAUGCUUUACAGCCUAGUUUCCGUCAUGACUCACGUUCCUCCAGCCAUCUGCACUUCAAAUGCUGUCUCAUCUCACCCCCUGUGGUUUAGACUGCCUUUCCCCUUGUGGUUGUGGGGAAGCACUCUGCAUGAGCUCUAAAGCACUGCUUCCCCCACAUUCCGGGGCUGGGCUUUGCUAUGGGAAAGCCGAUUCUUAUGGCCAAAGCCCAGGUGAAGUUUGAUUCAAAUCAGACUCUGGUUGUCCCAGCCUCUGGAAGACAAAUUUAAGGGGUUAUCUUGCAGUGGUGGCUGGGGGUGGGGGCAGAGGUUCAGAGAGAGAAGCAGGUGAGAAAUUGGCUUUAUGGGUUAGGAAGCAGGAAGGGCACAUGACCUUCUCCCUGCAACUGUUGACAACCUCUUGAUUUCUCAUUACUUCCAUUUCUCUUACACCUCAGCUCAUCUGUAAGUUCCUUACGCAGCCACACCAGUUUCCUUAAACGCCUUCCACUUUUUCUUUCAGAAUAGUUGUCAAGAACGACCAUUUAUUUUCUCUUUCAUAAGUUCAUUAGGAAAGUACACUAAUGGCAAAUUCAAUAUUAGGCAAGCCUGGUGGUUUCCAUACUGUUUAACUUGGUUUACCCAAAUGAAAGUAAAAUAAAUAGGCUAAUUCAGAUCACUUCCUAGGGAAGAGGUAGCCAACAUGUGCCACAGACGAAAACCCCCCCAUCAUCCUUGCCCACUGAUCAUGCUGGCAGAGGCUGAUAAAGGGUUGUAGUCCAAAACAGCUGGAGGGCACCACCUUGGCAACCCCUGCUGCAAGACAUGAAAAAAAAACCCCAGGUGCAGAUUUUGGCUACUGCCCUAUGUACUGUAUAUAUGCUGCUUAGUAUGGAAACAUAUCAUUGCGUUUCUCAUUUCAUUACAAUGAAAUCCACUGAAAUCUAGCAACAGCAACUUAUUUUUUGGGUAGGUGUGUGGUGGGACCAGGGGGGAGAAACAGCUGAUUCAGAGACAGCUCCAUUUCUUUGGUAGCAGAGCUGCUAAAGAGAGAGAGAGGAUAUAUCUGGGUUGUAAUAUGGCAACUCUGCUUCCAGCUGUUCUUUUGAAACAGGGAUGAGGAAACUGGUUCUUCAAAUGUUGCUGGGCUAUAGAUCUCAUUGUCCCUGGGCACUGACUGGGGCUGAUGGGAGUUGUAGCCUAACAAUGUUUGAUGGGCAGCCAACUGAUCUAGAUAAAGACCACAGUGCUAAGAAUGUAAGAACAACUAUGGUGGGUUAGGUCAGUGGCCCAAUCUAGUCCAGUUUCCUGUUCUCUCAGUGGCUAACCAGGUGCCCCAGUGGGGAACCUGCAAGCAGGACCCCCCGCCCUCCCACCAUUAGUUUCAGAAGUAUUAAUGUCUCCAACUAUGGAGGCAGAGCAAAGCCAUCAUAGUUGAGCGGCAAUCGAUAGCCUUAUGCAUGCAUUUGUCUAAUCCAGGGGUCAGCAAACUUUUUCAGCAGGGGGCCGGCCCACUGUCCCUCAGACCUUGUGCGAGGCCGGACUAUAUUUUGAAAAAAAAUUAAAUGAACGAAUUCCUAUGCCCCACAAAUGCAGAGAUGCAUUUUGAAUAAAAGGACACAUUCUACUCAUGUAAAAACACGCUGAUUCCCGGACCGUCGGUGGGCCAGAUUUAGAAGGCGAUUGGGCUGGAUCCGGCCCCCCGGGCCUUAGUUUGCCUCCCCAUGGCUCUAAUCCUGCUUCAAAGCCUUUCAAAUUGGUGGCCAUCACUGCCACUUUUAGAAGUGAGUUUCAUAGUUUAAAUGUGUGAAGAAGUACUUUACAGUGGUACCUCAGGUUAAGUACUAAAUUCUUUCCGGAGGUCCUUUCUUAACCUGAAACUGUUCUUAACCUGAAGCACCACCUUAGGUAAUGGGGCCUACUGCUGCUACCGCGCCACCAGACCACGGUUUCUGUUCUCAUCCUGAAGCAAUGUUCUUAACCUGAGGUACUAUUUUUAGGUUAGUGGAGUCUGUAACCUGAAACGUCUGUAACCUGAAGCAUAUGUAACCCGAGGUACCACUGUAUUUCAUCUGUCCUGAAUCUUCCAGCCUUCAGCGUCAUUGGGAGUUCUGGUGUUAUGAGAGAGGCAGGACACAUUUUCUACAUUCACUUUCUCCAUGCCACGUAUAAUUUUAUAAACGUCGUAUCAUGUUGCCUUUUGCUCACAUUUUCUCUAAACUAAGAAGCUCCCCCAAGGCUGCAACCUUUUCUCCCAGGAAAUUUCCUCCUAAGACAUUUCCUUAGGAACCCAAUGACCUGGGAAUUGGUCCCCAGUGAACUGACUGAAUCAUAGAAUCAUAGAGUUGGAAGAGACCACAAGGGCCAUCGAGUCCAACCCCCUGCCAAGCAGGAAACACCAUCAGAGCACUCUGGAAAUGAAGUCGCCUACAGGCAUGUAUAGAAUUGCGCCAUGAGGAGAGGCACACUUUAGUCCCGGGGGGGGGGGGGGGGACAAGUACGUUGUCAUUUGCAUGGAACCAAAGUGUGACUAAUAUAGCCUGGAUCGUAUGCAAAACGUACAAUUUGCGUCAUUUAGUGUUGGGGCCAGAAUUUAGCACGGAGGAUGCGACAGAAAGUUGUACGGUGUCAGUGUAAAAUAUUAUCUGGAUUGCACAAGCUGGCUUACUUAAGAGGAGCUGACACAGUUCCACUGAAAUUAGUGGGGGAAGCUAGUCAUGAUUAAGAGUCCUCUUGAUUUGAAGGGAUACUAAGUUCAACAAUUUGUGCCAGAAACAAACCCAAUAAUCCAUGGCUGAAGAGUCUUGCAAGGUCCGUAAGCUUGCAACAUUUUACGAGCAACCAUUAGAUAAAUAAUAAAUGUGAAGUUCUUCCAUUGGAGAACAACAUAUUGCUGACUCAGUAAGGGCUGUUAUUGUCCUACAAGGAAACAGAUUAUUGGACGCUCUGUCACCCUUUGGGGCAACUAGUUUAGUUUUCUUCUCUACCAGUCAUUGUUAAUAAAUAAGGAGACCUCAUUUUCCUUUUGCACAACCUUCAAUUCACUUCUAGAAUGUCUUCAGUGAGUGAGGGUGGAGUGUUGGGUGAAUGUACCGUUAUUUAUGGAUUAACAGGUUUUCUACCCUGUUAGUCAUAGUCGCUGAAUAAGAAACCAGUUUUCUUUGGACUCUGCUUGGUAGGGCGAAGGUGAUGGAAACUGCUGAUCUGAGGGACCGGAAGGUGGGGUGUGUGUCCUUUCCAGGGGUGCUGUUUUGUAGAGUUUAUAUUAUUGUAAGCUUGAUCAGGGAUGGCACACAUGGGGAAAACAGAGGGGUUCAGCAAAAAGAAUUUGGCCUCAGUAUCUGGAUGUGCCCUUUCCCCAUAGCCUUUCCUGUGGUUUAUUCUUCAAAAUGCCGCUACCAGUUCUUAUUUUUUUGAGUGGUGAUUCUUAAACAUACAAGAAACAGCAUAAUGGAGUUUAUGAUUGCGCAGAAGGUCUGUGCAGUAGUCAUUAAAGUGGAAACCUGUUUCUACAGCAGUAAGUGUUGUUGUUCGUUGGCAUCCGUCUGCAACACAAUGGAGGAGUGUGCCUUUGUGGGUGAAGUCAAAUCAGUUGGAGAGUUGCAGUGCCAACACCUGUAGAGACCAGUGCAGGAGAGACAAGUUCUGUUGCAGCUGGGGCAGAUGAAGGCAUCCGGUUGUGCUGCUGCAGAUGUACCAUGAUGAUCCUUCUUUCUGUGCUGCUCCCAGCAGUCAUUUUUCCUCUGUGGAUACAUGAUCUGACAGUCUCCAGGCCCUGUGGUUGUCUGCAAGGGAUUCCCACACGGUGGGGUUGAUAUUUCCACCCUUCCCUUCUGGUUUGCAGACAUCUUUGUAACACACAGUUGAUCUGCCUAUAGGCCUAGUGCCUGAAGCCAGCCCCCUCCCCAUAAAGCACAUAUUUGGGGCACAUCCUGCCAUCUUCCAUUCUGUGGACAUGGCCAAGUCAGCGUAGCUGUCACUUGGAUAGGAGUGCAGACAUGGGAAUGUGAGCUUGGAGGAGAAAAACUUGACACGGUACAUGUGGAAGGCGUUGAGGUAUUGCUCCUUGACAGUUUUAAGUUACUUACAACUGACUUCCAUAAAGCAGCAUGCUCAACACACAAGCCUAGUAGAUCUCCAUCUUGGAGGCUUGCCUGGUUGAACAGACCCCCGUUGCUCCUUGAAUGAAUGUUCACACCACCUUCAGUUCAGCUGAAGGCAUAUGAGAGCCUUGGGGAGAGGAAUAUGCCAAAGAGAGUCUGGGCAAGAACACAGCCCUGUUUUACAACGCUGCUCUUUAUAGGGAAGGCGUCUAAGGAUCAACAGUCAUACCUAACGGUGCUGUGCUUGUCCUCUUGGAAGGACGCAAUCAUCUUGUGGACCUUUGGUGGGCAUCCUAUCUUGUGGAGCAGUGUGAGGGUCCUUUUUGGCUGAUGAGGUCAAAUGCCUUUGUAAGACCCACGAAGGCGAUGCACAAGUGGCGCCCUUUCCCCCUGGCACUUCUCCUGCAGCUGACGCAGUGAGAAAAUCCUGCCAACUGUGGACCUCUGAGCUCUAAAUCUUCAUUGUGACUUAGGUAGACCCUGCCAGCAGGUGACUGCAAUCUGUUGAGAACUACGCAGGCACAGGCUUCCCCCACAGUAUUCAGCAGGGAGAUCCCGCGGUAGUUGUUACAGUCAUUAAAGCGGAAACCUGUUUUGACAGCAGUUAAUGCUGUGUAAACACAAUGUGGGCAAUGUAUUGCUCAUUAUCUAUCUGGUGUUUCUCCAGCACAAAUCAGGCAGGGUUAUAUAUAUAUUCCAGAUAAUUUUGAAAGGCAGUAACAUUGUCCCUGCAAAUAAAGAAUUCUGAAAUAUGACUCAUUUACACAUUUGAAGGAUUUUGAAUAUAUUUGCUUCCUACUCAUGUUAAAUGCUACUUCUUGUUGUCAUAUGGGAGGGGCAAAGAAUUAUGCAGGUCAUGGAAACACCACUCCCUUUUCCACAGAAUCCUGCUCAGAUUCUUGUCCACCUUCCCCUCCCAGCUUCUGAGAUUUCACCUCUCUUGCCAAUUAGCCUUGAGGACUAGAAACUUGCCGAGAGGGAGAGAGGAAAUGGAAACAAUUAUUUUUCCAGCCUUCUCCACCUGGAACCAAUUCCUUUCUGUUUGACAGGUUGCAGUUAGGAAAUGGUACGUGUACAUUCAACCUUGAGUGUGCCACUUCCUUGUUCCUUGUAGCUGUUGACUGACUAACCCAUUGCUCUGAUUGCAACCAUGUUCAUAGUAACCCUGUACGGUAGCAGUUUCUUACUGCACACUCAUUUUAUGCAUUGUAAGAUUAGAGGCUGAGAGAUAAUGAUUGGCUCCAUUGCAUCUGAUAAGAGCUGGAACUUGUGCCCAUCAGUCUUUCCGGUGGAUUGCGUCAGCUGCAGUCUUGCUUCCGCCUCACCUCCAUCAUUGCAGAGUCAAUCACGUAUGGUGUAGGAAGUUGCAUGUGAGUAGCCCAUAGGCCUGAAAAGCCAUAUUGGUGGGUGGGUGUGACCUGCUAGGUGCAGUUCUGACCGGAUUCAGCAAAACAGUUCUUGUGUUCUUAUGAUUCCCUGGGGUGCCAACUGUGGGCACAGGAACAUUGUGUUUUCAUUAGCAGGCAAAGGAGAACAGCCUUCUCCCAACCUGAAGCCCUACAGAUGCUAUUGAACAAUACCUCCCAUCACCACUGGCCACGCCAACGGCCCUUUGGUUUGAUCUAGCUCUUACGAUCUUUACAAGUGGGACCUGCAACAAAAUUCUGCAGUACAUUCUUAACCCUCUUCAGGGUGCCAUCCAUUCACUUCUCCAGGAUUCCAUAAGCAGUAAUACACUCAAGUGGGCCAGUUCAGUCUUCCCUCCUCCCCAGUUCCUGUUUCCCAAAUGACAAAUUCAAUAUUAUGUGGCUCAACCAUGUUGUGCAUUUCUGUAUAUCUUGGGCUUGCAUGCUGAUGCUACCUCCCUCUGGGUUCUCCGUGACCUGGGUUUCCUAUUGGAGGGAACAAUGGCUAUUAUUUGCUCAUAAACUGGGUCCUCCUGGCAUUCAUCUCUUCUUGCUAAGAACAGGCUUGUUGGAUUAGACCAAAGGUCCACCCAUGCUCAGCAUACUCUCACUGCCCUCCAACUAUCCAAAGCAGACAAUGAGGGCAGCAGGAGUGGUGCUGACGCAAAGAUACAGUGUGUAAUGCCAGCCCCGUUGGAGCAGGAACAAUACCCCACGUUCCUGCUCCUUCCUGCUCAACUUGAAACCGGAGCAUGACUAAUGUCCUGGGCAAGGAUGGCAUUGCAGUUACAGUCAUGGCGAAGGACUGCUUUGCUCCAUUGAGCAAGCACGGGAAGCUUCCCGAUCUCGGCAUUUGCAUCCUCUCUCUGCUGUGCAAUGGCACGAUUUCCUGCUGGGCUCUCUGGCUUCCCCCUCCCCUUUCAAUUGCAUCACAGGCAGGCGGCCAACGAGGAGCUUCCCUGGCUCACACACCCCUCCUGCGGAGAGGCCAAUCAGAAGCCAGAGAUACUGCCGCAACCCCUUUCCUCCCCCUCCCUUCCAAAGCAAAAUGAUGAUGCAAAGGCACUGAGUCCUGAUGUGAAGACAUAACUUCCUGCAAUUUUUUUUUGUUCUCUGACCCCACAUUUCCCUCCCCUUUCUGAUGCCCUCAGUCUGAACCCACUGCCUCCUCUUUCCUCCCAGUGCUCUCGAGGCUUGUUCUGUAACCAGCCAGGCAUGGAUAUUCCCAUUUCCCCCAUUCUGUAGAGACAGCCCCUGGCAACAAACUGAGCUUCACGGGCCAUUGAUCUGACUCUUGCUAUGGUUCUAUGCCUUUGUGGUGAGAUUUCGGGAAUGCCUUUUGGGGAAAAAAUGUUCCCAGCAUGCUAGCUUCUUUUCUGCUGCGUCUCCAGAAAUCUAUUGGUUGCCCCCUCCCCCCCCCACUGUGGCUCUCCCUCCUCAAUAAUAAUAAUAAUAAUAAUAAUAAUAAUAAAAUUUAUUUAUACCCCACCCUCCCCAGCCAAGACCGGGCUCAGGGCGGCUAACACCAGGUAUAAACACAAUUGAUUAAAAUACAACUUAAAAACAAGAUUAAAAUACAACAUUAAAAUGCAGCCUCAUUUCAGUAGAAACUCAAAUCAAAAACUUUUUUGGGGAUGAAAACGUCAAAUCCUCACCAAGGGCAACUAUCCAGACUGGUCCUACGUGGGCCAGAAGAGAGCCAGGGAAGUCCCCAAAUAGGAGUUCCAUCACAGAAGGAGAAAGGAAAAAGGAAAGAGGGGGAGGGGAUCAACCUCACAACAACCCCAUAAAAUAGGCUACAUUGGGAAAGAAAGAAAGAGUGCGUGAGCCUGGCUUAGGGUCCCCCAGGGAUUUCCCCCCCUUAGUGGGCCUGGCCGCACUCACUGCUGGAAAGCAGCCCUUGACAGCUUUCCACUCAGGUAAUCCAGCCCUCUGGUUGAACAAGAGCCCUGCUCUAACACAGCCUUCCUUUCUGCCAUUGCGAUUGGCAGCACACACAGGAUCUCCUUCGUGCUCUCCCAUCCAGGCACUGACCAGACCUGCUUAGCUUCAACGAGAUGAGAUGGUGUCGUACGUUUAUAGAGCAUAUGCUGAGAAUCAGACAUAAAAUGUUCCUGACAGGAUUUGCAGCUGAUUGGUAAGGUGCAGAGCCUGUUUGGUUUGCUGUUGUCCUUGCCCCCAAAGUCCAGGAACAGGCUGUUGUAAACAAGCAGGUGAAGCAGAGCUUUCUGUAUUGUGUAAGAGACAAAGGGAUAUUGACUGUUGCUGUGGACGUGUGGGGUGAGGUCAGGUGUUUCCAGCAUGUUUCGGUGGGUCCACCUGACUUCCUCACUGCGUGACCAGGAAUGCACAUUUGUGUGCUUUCCUUUGGUUGUGUACUUUGAGAUCUAACAGACCCCGGGAUUUUCUGGGGAGCCCUUUAGGCUCUCUGGAGUAGUUUGGAUUCAUUCUGGCCACGCAGCACGUCACCUGCUUCUGACUCCCUUCCAAAGAGGAGGCAAUGACCCUGCAGUGUGGAGCAGAGUGUUCAGGCUUCAAGUUUGUGCGCAAAAGGGGCGGAUCAGUCACGGCCGGCAGCCAGCCUCUGUCAGUCAUUAAUCUGGAAAGAGACUGGGGAGGGAAGUUGAGUGAUGAGCAGGUCUCUGUGUUGAAACAGCCCUGAGGUUAAUGGGAAAUCAGCUAUGCCUAAGCGGUGGAUGCAGAAGUCCCUGGGGUGCCCCCAUCCCAAAGGCAGACCCCCAUCGCCCCCUAGACCUCCCCUUCAGUGUUGGCCAAGGCAUUAACUAACACACCUUAACUAGAGUUGACAUUUGAAAAAACGUGCUGGUCCAUUUGGGCACCAGCUCCUGCUUUUGUCCAUCUCUCCCCCUUGGUGAUGCCUGAAGCAGGUUAGGACCAUAGGAAAGGUAAAGGGUAAAGGUAAAGGGACCCCUGACCAUUAGGUCCAUUCAUGGCCGACUCUGGGGUUGCGGCUCUCAUCUCGCUUUAUUGGCUGAGGGAGCCGGUGUACAGCUUCCGGGUCAUGUGGCCAGCAGAGCAGUGCACGGAAACGCCGUUUACCUUCCCGCCGAAGCGGUACCUAUUUAUCUACUUGCACUUUGACGUGCUUUCGAACUGCUAGGUUGGCAGGAGCAGGGACUGAGCAACGGGAGCUCACCCCGUUGCAGGGAUUCGAACAGCCGACCUUCUGAUCAGCAAGUCCUAGGCUCUGUGGUUUAACCCACAGCACCACCCGCGUCCCUCCGGACCAUAGGAAGCUGCCUUCAAAACAUUGGUCCAUCUUGCACUGGCUAUACUCAGACUGGCAAGGGCUCUGCUGAGUUUCAGACUUAGGGACGUUCCUAUCCCCGCUUGGAGAUGCUGGGGAUCGAACCUGCGACCUUGUGCAUGUGGAGCAGAUGCUCUACCACUGAGCCACCACUCUUUCCCUUUCUACAGCCUUUUUAAAGAAAAAAGCCCACCGCCACUUCCCAUGGCAGUGAAUGUCCCACUGCUGCUGCUCUGCAAGGCUAGCCCUGUUCUCUCCCUGCAGGAGUCGCUCUGCUAAUCAGAGACACUUUGCACAUGCUCAGAAACCCAAGGAAACGUAUGAUUUGGAAAGCUGGCUGCCAAGUAAAUCCCUCCCCACCCCCAGCUUACUUAUUCAAGCAAGAAGGUUGGCCAAUUCCUUCCUCUACCCACAAGCAGGGCACCUGUGUUUCUGGCAGCUGUUUAGCAGGUGAAGCUUUUUUUGGUUUGACUAUGCCAUUUCCAUUAUUUAGCUGAAACCCUGCCAGAAAAUAAAAACAGAUUGGCAGUCCUAUGAGGAAGACAAUAAACCAGAGUUACAAACUGUCACAGCCAGAUCAAGCGUUUAUCCUUCUUCCUUUUUCUGUGUUUGCUUUAAUCUGCCUUUAUCCUCAAGGCUGCCCUAUAUUACCCUGAUCUCAUUACACGGCUGUGAUGAUCGGACAUGGCUAUUCGGCGAGAGCCUGCUAUCCCUCUGCAUAGCUCACUGCAGCACGGUGGCUGACAGCGGGCCGUUCAUUUCUGCAAAAGGGCGGGAAAAUUAUUCCCUUGCCUAAAAUGUUGGAGAAAUUCUCCCAGUCCGUGUUCUGUAGACGGUAAUGAACUAGAUGGAGCAAGAGUCUAGACUCAGUGUAACACAACUUCCUUCUUAUGUUCCCAAGCAACACAAAGCAGAUGAAGGUUUUUCCUCUCCUGAGACACCUCUGUCUCAGAUGUGUUGCAGCCUCACCGUUUGUCAACAAUUUUUUUUUUUUAAAUCUGCCUGUGCUCUUCUGCCUUUAACAGUGUGGCAGAUCCUAAGCAGGUGAUAGCACUUAGCUCCCUGCCCUGAAAUAUGUCCGGUGCUGAUUUCUCUGCAGAUCAAACUGCCCUGAAAGGUACAAGGACAGUACAGACUUUCUUGUUCUCCCCCCACCGGUCAGUUCGUAAGCCGAAAUGACAAGGAUGAUGGAGCUAACACACACAGGAUCUUUACAGGUUCCCGGCACAAGUCUCUCUCUCUCCCCCCCCCCAUACUCUGUGGUGUGUCAGCUGUUUAAACGGGUGGGGAAAUGCUCUGCCCUUAGCAGGGGGAAGACAUCAGUCGCAAGACGUGAUGAGCACAACUUUGCCCCCGCUAUACCCCGGCCCGCCGGAUUUCCUUUUGCAAAAGCCCAGCGCUGCUCCUGUACGUGACGUAUCGUGAAAACAUUGCAGACAUCCUUUUUGAGAACUGUUUAUGACUGUGUUAGGGACAGACAUGAGAGCGGUGGGGGAAACGUAACAUGCGGUUGGCAAUCACUUCCUGUUGCAUUCCUCCUUCCCCAGGUUUCUACAUGAAAGCCGUGCUGCAAAUCACUUUUCCGUUUAUGAUUGCUGAGAAGGGCUUGUUGUUGUUGUUACUGUACAAACCUAUGAGUCAGCUGAGUUGAAGGUGCUGGACUUUUCCUUCGCUGCCUGCCAGGGAUUCUCUAGCUGUGAUUCCUCCACAGCAGUGGGUUGGACUUGGAUGAAACCCUUUGGGUGUCCCUGACAAUGGUUCUACGUGACUUUCUGCAAGUAGAGUCCAUUCAGAUUGGGCUCCUUUCAUGCAACUCCACCAGCCGACUCCAGAGGAGAAGAAAAGGGAGCCCAUCUAAGUAAUACAGGGGAAUCAGCUGGAAGAAUAGCAUACACUUCAAGGGUCCUGGUUUUCCCACGACAUUCCUGGAAUUGCAGAAGCUGUUCCCUGAAAGGUUAAAAAGAGUUGGGGAAGGGGGCACUUGCUGUAAAUAAAGGGUCUAGCUCUGCCCCUCUCAUCAGGUGUCACCUGCAGUCUAAGUUCACACCGUACAUUUAAAACUCUAUCAUACUACUUUAACAGUCAUAGCUCCCCCUCAAAGGAUCCUGGGAAUUGUAUUUCGUUAAGGGUGCUGGGACCUGGAGCUCUUUGAGGGGUUAAACUACAGCUCCCAGGAUUCUUUGGGGGAAGCCGUGACUGUUAAAAUGCUAUAAAUGUGGUUGAAAUAUACGGUGUGACCUAAAAUGGUUUGGCCCAUCCUCAAUAGUCUUAUUUUGCUGCGUGUGUGUGGAUCAGGGUUCAGUUCUCCUUAUUUGGGGGCUAAAUGUCACUGUAUGAGGCAGGUGUUCCUGCGCUGCUUGGCUUUCUAAGUGGGACGAUAAGGCCGGCCUGUAAUUUAAACCCCGUUUGAAUACAUCGAAAUGGAUACGUGUGUACAGAGCAGCUUAGAUGGCCCCUAAAUCCCAUGCGGCUUUGCAGGAACAUGUGAGAAGAUCUGUUUGUGACCACGGGCAGAGCAUCACUGUGGCCUCCUGGGACACAUUGUUCAUAUUAAAUUAUAAAGAAAGGGGGAAAUAUCUCUGACCCACACUUAGUCAUUGUCCCUUCACCACACACUCAGUGUGGCUUCCAGGAGCCCCUGCCAUGGAUGUUCUGUUGGGUUGCCAAUUUUUCUGUCUGGUUUCUGUGCCUUUAAUAGUAACGAGAAGGAACAUGCCGGGGAGGAGAGUUCUCCUGAGAAAUCUGCCCGGGAAUGUGGCCUGUGUCUGACCUUGCCUGAUGAAAUCUUGUUUGGAGAACUCCCGUCUGUUUUGGGGUUGUGUCCCAGCCUGAACCUGCUUCUUGCUCUAGAUGCCUCGGGAAUGCUGAGGAUUCCAGGUUUUGGAUCAGGCAGGCAGGAUUCCGUGGUUUAGCUGUCAAACUUUCUUCCCAGGGAACUCUGGGAAUUGUCUCUCUCUGAGAAGAACAAGGGAUCUUCUAACAGCUCUCAGCACCCUUUGCCAACUACAGUUCCCAGGAUUAUUUUGGUGGGAUCCAUGACUAAGCAAAGUGGAGUGACACUACUUUAAAUGUGUAGUGGAGAUGGGGCCCCAGAUAAUUAAAAAAACAAAUAAAUUAUCAUUACAGUUCAUUAGGCCUCAAGUACAGCCAUGUGUUUAUUUCAGGUUUUUCUUUGCUGAGUGUCAGUGGGAAGUUUUGGCUGCGGCUGACUGUGGUUUGGGUGAGAAUAUCAUUUGGCGUUAAAAAGGAAUAGGAAUAUAUAUAUAGCAGGUAAUAAGAGGCAGCAAAAUAAAAGAUUUUGAGUGUUUUUAGCCAUUAGAGCAGUGGUGCUCUUGAGUUAUCUGCAGAAGGGGGGCUUAGAACCUGAGACCUGACACAAAAAGGAAAGGGUUGGGGAGGAAAAAGGGGAAAAACCAAAACUCCAGGCACUGUUUCUUAAUGACCAGUAUUCCUGCAAUGACCACCCAGAGCAGAGAGACUUUGAGGAGAAGAGGAGACAAAGGUUGCUGGUCCUUUUGGGAGGUGAUACAGAGGCAGACUUUGGUCUUUCAAAUUUCAGAGGCGCCCUGUGCAAGCAUCUCUCUUGCCUGUGGGAUUCUCCUACCGUACCCUUAGGAGGAUGGUUGCCUGUGCUGUGAGAUGCCCCUCACCUGCCUUCAUAGGAUGGUGUGAAGGGAAAACUUCAGUUUCCCUCACAAAGAGACGGUAAAUGCACAGGUGGAAGAAAGAAGCAGAGUCUUUCCAAGAUCUGCACUGGGGCCAAUGUGUGCCUUUAAAAACAAACAAAACAAAACUGGUUCAUAAAUGAGCGGCACCAUUGUGUGCGUAGAUGAUGACGCAGUUAGUCUUUGGCAGGAGCCCCAUGGAAGUCUGCCUCUUCAGAGAAAGGAUCUUCCGCCAUCCAUUAGGCUUCCCACUUUAUUGGGCGUCUGCGGAGGGCGAAAGAUUUAUACGAGAUCUCGGGAGAAGCCAGACGAUUGCCAACCUGCGAAGUGUUUCUGCCCAAAUAGUGUAUUAACCCGCUGAGCAGACAGAAAAACAUAUUACUGUAUAAAAGGCGUAACAGUGUCCUCGGGCAAGUCUGGCGCUGGGAGUUGUUAAGAGAAACCUUUUCGUUUGCUUAGUCCUUUCAUAUGAUGCUCAAAGUAUCAGUCACCUUGUCUCUUUGUCUCUUUCUCUCUCCCUCUGUGUGCUGUUGUUCCCUGUUAGCUCAGUAAAGUUUUGGGGGAUGAACCCCUAAAACGACAACAAGAUGGCAUCAUAAGGGUUGGGGAUGCAGAUCUCCCAAGCCAAGAGGGAUCCCAAAAGCGGGUUGAAGCUUAUGGUGAAAAGUGAGCGGGGCACCUGUCCUUUUUAGUUUGAUAGGUGUUAUGUAUUAUAUUUAUUUAUUUAUUGCAUUUUCUGGCCCAAGGAUCUUAUCUGCCCCCCUCGGCAUCUCUCCCUGGAGGCACCGUUCUUCUGAAGCAGCUGUGUGUGUUCUUUCUGCAGCUUUGUCCUAAGGCUUGGUGGGUGGCGCUGAGAAGUCCUGCCAGCACCAAAAAGGCUUUUAAAUAGGUUUAACCAAGCAGAUUAGGAGGUGACGUCAAGGAGCAAGGCACAUGGAUUUUCACUUGUCUUUGAACCCUUUCCCCAGGCUCCCUGGUCCUUUGACACAGCUCCAGGACUCUUGCAGGUUUCAGGAGGGUCUUUCCUCAUUUUUGGUUCUGUUUAAGUGGCUUCCUGGCCCAGCUGCUGCCAGGGGCUGGAGGUAGAAACCCAGGUCUCUUCCCGUGGCCUUAGGCUCAGGUUGCCAGGAUUGGGCCCAGAGAGAAUCCUAGUAUGUUUCCAGUGUUGUAGAGAAGGGAGUAAUGUACCGGCACAGACCUUUUCCAUCACCACAGGUGAUUUCCAUCCUGUAUGCACACAGAAAGGCAUGGAAGUUCACUUUUCUUACGCAGAUGUUCAGGAUCCCUAGAAGGGAAAAUCAAUGGUUCGGAACUGUGGUCCUCAAAUCUUAUGCCAUAAUUAAAAUGGUUAGUCUGUAAGGUGCCACAAGGGUGUUGUUUUUUUUUGCUGCAAAAGGAUGUAACUGCUCUGAAGAGGGUGCCCAAAGUGGUGUUUGUGUGACUGGGACAGAUUUGAACCUGUGGCCCUCCAGAAAUUGUUGGACUACAGCUCCCAUCAACCCCAGCUAGCUUGACCAUCGGGCAGGGAGGGUCACAGGUUCAUUGUCUCUGCUAAGAAUUAGGGUGUCACAAGCACGCAGCCCCACUUCUCCCUAGGAAACAUCAGCUGAUGCAGCCAAAAUGUUCCCCCGGAGGUUAAAAUUCAGGGAAGGUUUAUCUUCGGAGAGUUCUGUUUGCAGGUUGUCUCCUGCAAUGGAAAGCUACAAAGGAAACUGCAACCUGGCCGGUUCGCCAACUGGAAUUUUUUCAAAGCUAUUGUGGUGCAGCUUAAUUUGCAGGAAUGGCCUGAGGGGAAGGGCGUCGGAGUCGGCAGAGGAAGAUGUGAUUUGCGUGGAGUUUCAUUGGCAUAUUUGGAAGAGGCUGGCACUGCCAGCUAAAAUGGAACUCCCUUUAGAUUAUAGUAUGGCAGCCCAAGAUCUGCAUUUGGAUCAGAGGAAGGAACUAUAUAUUCUCCAAAAAGUGGGGACUAUUUGGUGGGUAUUACCAAGGGCACCACCAAAUUCGCCAAAUUCACAAUGGGAACAUGAGAAACGAUAGAAGCACUGGGCAUUCUUGAGAGUUGUUUAGUUUUUUUUGAAAUGGAGUUUGGGAGGACAGUUGCAGAAAACUUCGUGAAAAGGAUAUCUGAAAGCAAAAGGUAAACGUGCAAGUAAAUUGAUCAACGGCGUUUUCAUUUUUGAAACCAAGGUGGCCUCGUGGCUGGAACAGUGAGCCACGGUGUUUCAAGUUGAAAUCUCACACCAGUACGAGAGCUGGAACAAUGUACAGUGGUACCUCAGUUACGAACUUAAUUUGUUCCGGAGGUCCAUUCUUAACCCGAAACUGUUCUUAACUAGAGGCCUGCUUUCGCUAAUGGGACCUCUUGCUGCUGCUGCGCCGCCAGCACACGAUUUCUGUUCUCAUCCUGGGGCAAAGUUCUCAACUCUUUCAGGUUAGCGGAGUUUGUAACCUGAAGCGUUUGUAACUCAAGGUACCACUGUAGUGGUUAUGACUUUUGGAUGAGGAGGGCUGGGGAGACCCGAGUUGAUAUUUUCUCAGCAUAGCCUACCCCACAGGGCUGUUGUGCAGUAUGUGUGUGAUCUAUCUAUCUAUCUGGCCAGUUGUGGCAUUCUGUCCUCCUCUGAGGAAGGAUGGGAUGCAAACAUAGUAUGUCAAUCCAUAAAAAAAAAUUGGUCUGCAGCCAUGCCCAACUUGGUGCCCUCUGUGUGUUUUGUACGUGGUGAUAAAUAUUGCUCUACCUUCUAUUGGAGGGAUCCCUAGAGUUAUGUAGGCGAGGUGCCUCAAGCAUGCAGUAUGCAAAUGGAUUAUGAAUUAAUGCAAAUGCAGAUUAAUAAUUAACAAUUAGGAAUGGUUUGGUUUGUGUUUCUCCCAUGGAAAAGAAAUAGUUUUGAAGGGGGCACCAGUUAAUUUAUUUUACUUCACUUUAUCUCUUUUCUCCAGUGCCGGAUUUACGUAUAAGCUAAACAAGCUAUAGAUUAGGGCCCCACUCUCUUGGGGCCCCCCAAAAAGAUUAAAGGGAAAAAAACCUGGAUGUACAUUUCCAAAAUAUAAGAUAAAAAACAAAUAAAAUAAAACCUACAUACAGCAACAGUGUUUUGUGUUGUGUAGGCUCCUAUUUUGUUAUGUGCAAAUGGCUUAAGAUACCUAUUAGGUCCAUAAAUUACCUUAUAGCAUAUAUUCAAUACAAAAAACAGUGACAGUUUGUUGUUGGCAAAGGACAGCUGGACAUAUAAAGGGCCCCAUUACCUUCAGUAGCUUAGGGCCUCAUGAAACCUAAAUCCGGCCCUGCUUUCCCCCCAAGAGCUUAGUGCAGCAUGUACAUCCUUUUCCUCCUGACCCAUCCCACCUUAGCCUCACAACAACCCUGCAAAGGUAGGGCAGACUGAGAGUUAGUGACUGGCCCAAGUUGACCCGGUAAGCUUCAUGGCUGAUGUUUGUACUUGGCAAAGCUUCAGGAUUACCGUAAUCUGUUUCUCACUUUGUGUGUUUGGUUGCUGCCCCCUAGUGGCAGGACAUCUGCCCUGCAAACCCCAGCCCGGCCAACCAUGUGUAUAUGUUCAUCUCUUUUUCUCAGGUACACGUACGAAGACUGCAAGCGGACGGCCGACUGGCUGCUGGCCCACACAAAGCUCCGGCCCAGGGUCGCCAUCAUCUGCGGCUCGGGCCUCGGAGGGCUGGCUGACCUCCUGAAAGAUCAAGUGGCCUUUGAGUAUGGCAAAAUUCCCAACUUCCCUGAGAGCACAGGUAAAAAACCCAUGGAACGGGUGAUGGAGGAACCAGGGAUGGGGUUGGAUAUAGUGUAUGGCAGCCACUAGGGGGUGCUAGUAAGCAGCAGCUGGGAGGCGCUACUGUACAACCCCGUGGCCCAUAGGGGGCAGCAGCGAGUCCUUUAACACUUUGCUUGCCUCAUUCCAGUUGUCGGCCAUGCCGGAAGGUUGGUGUUUGGGAGCCUCAGUGGAACUCCAAGUGUGGUGAUGCAAGGGCGCUUCCACAUGUAUGAAGGGUACCCGCUCUGGAAGGUGAGUCGCUCCACAGAGCUGCAAACCUUUCGAAACUCGAGAGGUGUCCAGCUGAUUACAAUUCCAGGAGCAGGAUGGUCAAUAGUAACGGACAAUGAUAAAGAAGAUAGUGCCUCUGAGCCUAUGCAAAGGUCCUCUUCGUCUUCACUGGCCCAACACAUCUGGGAAUGGGAUGACGGGUGAAGGCGGUUCCACGAAAUUCAGCCAAAAUUUAGCCUUAUCAAUCCCUGUUUCAUGGUUUCUUGGGCAUGUGCAGAGUGCAAGAAGAACUGAGAGCUGAAGGGGAAGAGUUUUGGCUUAGGACUGGGCGUAAGGUCCGAUUUCAAAUCCCUGCUCAGCUGGGUGACUUUGAACCAGUGUUGGCCUCAUCCUAGCCCACUUUGCAGGGCUGUUGUGGGAGAAUUGCACUGAAUGCAGGAGGGCUGGCGCUACCUGCCAGCGUCUUCCCCUGACAUCACAGUACUGGGCUUGAGGAACUCAGCGGAGAGGAGGAUGCAGAUGAAGCUAGAAUUUGUGUGUGUGUGUAUUACUGCUUUAUUAGAAUUUCAUUUAUAAAGAAGAAAAGUGUGAAUGAAAAUAGAAAUAAAAGAAAAAUACUCAAUACCAUUUCCAUACAUUAAUAUACAGAUAUGUAUAAUUAUCCUAGUACAAUUAUCUUUAUCAAUAACCUAAUAUAUUCUGUGUAAAAUUGUUCCAAAUAUCACAUUUAUCCAAAGAAAGUCUGUGUCUAUAUGCAGACCGUACAUAAGUUGCUAGAAUUUGUUGGUCCCCACCUGUCACUGACUCCAGCUCCACCUACUGUAUGGGCUCCAAUGGGCACCAGCCAUGGCUGGUCCCAAAGCGCCCUUCUACCUCUCCUGAGUGCUGCUUCUUUCCCUCCCUCCCAGGUGACCUUCCCGGUCCGGAUCUUCCGUCUGCUCGGCGUUGAGACCCUCAUUGUCACCAACGCGGCUGGGGGGCUCAACCCUGAAUACAAAGUGGGGGACAUCAUGGUGAUCCGCGACCACAUCAACAUGCCGGGCUUUGCUGGGCAGAACCCCCUGGUAGGGCCGAAUGACGACAGGUAAGGCGGGGCUCUCGUCCUUCCUCCGUGAGAUGCAACAGGUUGGCCUCAGUUAGACUCUAGAGCAGUGUUUUCGGACUACAAUUCCCAUCAUUCCUGACACUGGUCUUGCUAGCUAGGGAUGAUGGGAGUUGUAUUCCAAAAACAGCUGGAGACCAAAGGUUGAGAAACAUUGCUCUAGAGGCUCCCUUUUCCUCUAUUAUGGUGGUUGUGGAGAACUUGAGAGCCGCCCAAUGCUGCUGGACUCCAACUCCCAGCAGCCUCCAGUCAGCAUGGCCCAUGGCCAGGGAUCAUGGGAGCUGAAGUCCAGCAAUAUCUGGAGCCUUGCAGGUUGCCCACCCUUGCCUUCAUAGGAACAUAGGGGUGGUGGUCCUCCAAGUCCAUCUGUUUGAGCUUCCCUUCCAGAGGAUGGGCUUUUAACUCGCCCAGCGCUGCUCCCGCUCACAACAAGUCAGGCUGUUUGGGAGGCAGCAUAGCCCAAUGGGUAGAGCUCAUGCUCUCGUGCAGGAAAUUCUAGGCUCAGUCCCCAGCCGCUGUGCACAGUGGUUGGCUGCUGUGACAACAAGAUGGUGGACUAGAUGGGCCAUUGGCUUGAUCCAGCAGGCUCUAGUUAUUUUUUUAAUGUUCCUUCUCCUCCCUCCCCUUGUCCACAGGUUUGGGGUACGUUUCCCGGCCAUGUCGGAUGCCUACAAUGAAGACUUGAGGAAACUGGCCCACACGGUCGCGUCGGAGAUGGGCUGCUCCGGGUCGGUGCGCGAGGGAGUCUAUUGCGCCUUGGGGGGUCCCAACUACGAGACCAUCGCCGAAUGCCGCUUCCUUCAGCGCCUGGGCGCUGACGCUGUGGGUCAGUUGGGGGCAGAGUGAAGGGGGCUGGGGAGGGGAGAGGUACGUUGUGCCAUUUUGAAAGGAGACAUUCUUUGCCACCCCAUGCUCUUGGCUGCCUCUAACAUGGGGUAAAUGUAAAGGGACCCCUGACCACUAGGUCCAGUCGUGGCCGACUCUGGGGUUGCGGCGCUCAUCUCGCUUUAUUGGCCGAGGGAGCCGACGUACAGCUUCCGGGUCAUGUAGCCAGCAUGACUAAGCCGCUUCUGGCAAACCAGAGCAGCGCACGGAAACACCGUUUACCUUCCCGCCGGAGCGGUUCCUAUUUAUCUACUUGCACUUUGACGUGCUUUCAAACUGCUAGGUGGGCAGGAGCAGGGACUGAGCAAUGGGAGCUCACCCCGUCAUGGGGAUUCGAACCACCGACCUUCUGAUCGGCAAGUCCUAGGCUCUGUGGUUUAACCCACAGCGCCACCCGUGUCCCAUGGGGUAGCAGAGCCUAUACUUGUGUUUGCCAUGGGCAACCAUUUCUGUGACCCCCUUACCCAUGAAACAGACAACAAUUAAGCAGGUGCAGUUUUACUUAGAGCUGCAUCAAAUGGUGUGGGAAAGCCCUCUCUAGGGCAGGGCUGUGCAGAGCGCAAGUUGGGGUGCGCUGGCAUGACCUAAUGCACCCACAUAUUUAAAUCCCCCCCUGGUGUUGUUGGACUACAGUUCCCAUCAUCCCUGACCAACCUGCCAGGGGGCUGAUGCGAGCUGGAAUCCAAUAACAUCAGGAGGGCCACUGGGUGCCCGCCUCUGAUGCAAGACCCCUGAGUUUUAUUGCUCCAACCCAGGGGUGGGGAACUUCAGGCCUGGGAGCCAUACGUGGCCCUCAGGCCUCUCAAUGUGGCCCUCAGAACUCUGCCCAGAUGCAGUUGCGGCCCUCUGGCUGAAAAUUAUUUUCCGCCCCUGCUCUAACUUCUCAACCGCCCCGCUUUAUUUUCCCCUCAGGCAUGAGCACCGUCCCUGAGGUGAUCGUUGCCCGCCAUUCCGGCAUGCGCGUCUUCGGUUUCUCCCUCAUCACGAACAAGGCCGUCCUCGACUAUGAGAGCACAGAGAAGGCCAACCACGCCGAAGUGCUGGAGGCCAGCCGCCAGAGCGCCCGCACGCUCGAGAAACUGGUCUCCCUGAUGGUGCAGCGCAUUGAGCGCAACAACAACUUGGCCUAGUGGCGCAGUUUGCGCCGGCCCCCCUGCCGAUCUCUCACCAGCAACGUCUUGCCAAGUGGGAGACCACACCCUGCUUGCCGUCUUGUGAUGGAGGAUCGUGCACGGACCAGGCGAGGAGAGCAUGGCGACUGCCCCGUCCUCCCUGCCCCCCCGAAAUAUUCUUCCUUUGUCGAAUCCUGCUGCUGAGUCCUCUACUGUCCAGACGGUAGUUGGAAACGUCGUUCCGCUGCAGUACCUUGACCGUCUCUGGACGCCCAAGGGCUGCGCCUCUGUUUGUGUUUCUGAUCUCUAGCCUCUGAGACUGUGCCGGUCCAUCUUUGUGUGUUUGAGUGUGAGUCUUUCUCUCGUCUCUCCCCUCGUAUUUCAGGAUUUUGUGUACAGCUCUUAGGUUUCCCUCCUCGUAAUCCCUGCCAGGGCGGGAAUAAGGUUGCCAGUUCCGGUCGUCUUUGAUCUUACGGGCCUCUUACUAAUUUACCUCUUUCAUGGCACUUCGCUUUUUAAAGGUUGAGUUACAGAGAGCGGGCUUCUGAAACCCUGAAAGCCUCCGUUUCAAAAUGGCCGCUCUCUCGUCAGCAGGUUCCUCAGGUAGAACCUAGCUAAUACUGUGCUGCUCGCUUGAUCGUGAAAGCCAGGAUUUCAGUCCCUUGGAUGUCAGGAUGCUCACUUUGCCUUGAGGCAUCCUUUGUAGGAUUUCUGGUUGAACUCGAUGGGCCUUUGGCCUGACCCUGCAGGCUCUUAAGUUUGCUAGGAAAUGGCUUCUUUGUCCCCCUCAGAGAUCAGUACUUCCCCUCAGAUCAAGCAAUGGCCAUUUCUCCUUCCAGGAUAUGUGUGUGUUUGUGUGUGUGUCUUCAUUUAGUCCCCUUGUUCGUCUGUUUGAAGACUCUUUGCCUCUCCAUAACUGUUGCCUCUUCUCGGCUUCCUCUAGAAGGGCUUUAUGGAUGGAGAUGGUAAGGAACUUUUGUUCACUCGGAACACAUUAAGGGGCAACCGGUCUUGCUUUGUCCCCAACAUAUCAGCCCCAAAGGUGGCUAACGUUUGGACUCUAGAUAUCCAAUGAAUUACUCAGAACCUGGGUUCAUCCGCGCACAAUAAACCACCAAGGCCUCAAUCUCACAAAGAGCAGCAGAUUGGGGUAGCAAGCUUGUGUUUGGAUCAGCUUGAAACAGCAGAUGCGCAGCUGACACCACAGAAUGCCCCUCCAUGCGUAAACAAUCCCUGCAUGUGGAAAGCUAGCUCAUCAAGGAGCUAGCUGGCCUAGAAUCCUGACCUGCUAGUUUUCUAUAUGCAACGAUAAUUUUUUAUUUUUUAUUAGUUUGCACAGAGGAGCAUUCAGCGACAGAAGCCUGAAACAGCUUUGCCACCCCUACCCCUUUGUGACAAAUUACUCCCAAGGUCCUGCUGUCUCUGUACCCAUCUCCAGCCUUUUUUAAAUGAAAAUAUUAUUAAGUGAAUGGGGUUGGUUUUAUGUUGCCACCCCUCUAGGAACCAAAGGAGCAACAUUGUGUACGUUUCUCUGUCAACUCCUUUUUUUUGGCCUCCAAAACCCAACAAACAUUCCCAUCUGGAUUUCCACUGGAAGUGGCCAGUGGUAGUGUGGGAAUGGAUGAUCGAUUUCCUGCCAUGACACAUGGGAUUGACCCAUGGAUAUUCUCCCCCCCCCCCAAAAAAAAAUCAUUCUGCGGUGGAGAACAUGGUUGGACCAUUGCAACCCUGCUGCAAGCGAUGGGGUUCUGAGACCGUUCUCUGAACGCUGGACAUCUUGGCUUUGAGACAAACCAGCUUCUAAUCUAGAGGGUGACAAUGUCACACACACACACACAUGCACAUGUUCUUUUGGUGCUGGGAUCAAGGAUCCUCCUGGUCGCUGGCAGCCUCCAUGCUGAGGAAUCCGAGUACUUGUGAAUGUAUACUGUAGCCCCGUAGUACGUCUGAAUUUGGCUGCAUUCAGAGCUUUGCUUGUGCCUUGCCACACAGAUUUGCGGCAGCGUGGUGUUAGAGAAGGCGAUCCCUUUAUCUCUCCUUUCGCGUUCCAGGCUGGAGUGGUCCUCAUUUCGGGCUUGCUGUUAUUCACAUCUCAGUGACACCAGAGCAGUUUUUAAACUGGAGCGGAUGACUAGAGGGCCUCGUAGAGCGGCUUGUGAGGGGUGUGUGUGAGCGAGCGAACAAACAUAGUGCUAACACCACAGAGGCCAAAAUAAAUCACUUACUCUUUCCGCCCCUGCCAAGACUUGCCCAGGGCCCUUUUGGCAAUGGCUUUGCUGUAUUGGCAUAGUAGCGAACACCCCAGCUGCUGUUUCUGGUUUGAGAGAGAGUUGUUCCCGUAGCAGGAGUCAAUUGCUUUCCUGUGUUGCUUGCACCAGCCUGGUGUACUCCAGAUGUUUUGGACUACAACUCCCAUCAACCCCGGCCAGCAGAGGCUGAUGGGAUUUGUAGUUGGCAAAAGUAAAUUUGCAUACUCGGUGUGGGGAAUCUGUCGGCCUCCAGAUGCUCUUGGACUACAACUCCCAUCAUCCCUGACCAUUUGAACUAGGACUGGGUGGGGAGGAGCUGGUGUUUGACAACAUCUGGAGGGCCAUAGGUUCCCAUAUGCCUGGUUUUGGUAAGCUUUACCCGACACCACAGAAUUUUUGCAGCAUGGAACUUAAAACCUGUCAUCCAGUUUGGAUGACUUGUCGGGCCUCACUUUGUCCUGUCCAUUAUUUCCAGUGAGUCUACUCUGAGUAGGACUAACUCCAGAUCCCAACCCUCCCAUCUCACGUCAAAUUCCUGUUUUAAGGCCCAGAUGAAAAGUUGCCCACAGCCCUUGGUCCUGCAGAGCAGAAGCCAGCACAGAUGAGCUUUUGAUAUCUUACAUCUCUGCAUGUGGGCUGCUUUAAAAGUUGGUUUCACUGGCCCCGUGUUAAUCUGGGAGCUGUCCAAUCCCAGAUGGGCUUGAUUUCCACAAAUAGCGAUACAUGAACUCAGGUACAGCUGCUGUCCUCCUUUGCUGACUGCGCUCAAUACUUCCUCCCUGGUUUCUGCUUGAAAGGCCUCUUCCUUGUCUCUCUAUUUUUAAUUAUUUUAUUAGCAAUAUCAGUCCACGGACCAGGAAACUGCCCCCCCCCAAACCCUGUAGAUGCUUGAUGAGGCAAAGAGGAACUCUGGUAUGAAGGACACAAUGAUUUAUAUCCGUUCAGCGGUUCUGAAGGAUUGGAAAUGAUAUAUAAAUAUAUCUAUAUAUUUUUGUAGAGCAUUCUGCACUUUCUUUGUUUUAUUUAAAUGAAUGAAUGGGCCUCCCUGUUUUAAUUAUUAAAACGACGUGAGUAAAUAAUAAAAGCUGGAAUGAACAGAUCUGACGUGCUUUGCUUUGUGGGUUUUUUUGUUGGAUCAAUUCACUGUGGGCAGCCCUGCAGUAAGACGGAC